GCCGCAGCAGCAUGGUGGUGCCGCCGCUGCUGCGCGCCGUCAUCAUGGGGCCCCCGGGCUCCGGGAAAGGCACCGUCUCCGCUCGGAUUAUCAAACACUUCGGGAUGAAGCACCUCUCCAGCGGCGACCUGCUGAGGGACAACAUGCAGAAGAGGACAGAAGUUGGAAUCCUUGCCAAGUCCUACAUUGAUCAAGGGCGGCUUAUUCCAGAUGACAUCAUGACACAACUAAUGCUGAAUGAGCUAAAAGGUCUAGAUCGGUACAACUGGCUAUUGGACGGUUUCCCCAGAACGGUUGCUCAGGCAGAAGCUUUGGAUAAAGAAUGUCAAAUAGACACUGUGAUUGACCUAGACGUGCCAUUUGAGACCAUAAAACGUCGGCUCACAGCACGUUGGAUCCACCCUGCUAGUGGCAGAGUCUACAAUCUUGAAUUCAGUCCUCCCAAAGUACAGGGCAUUGAUGAUAUUACUGGAGAGCCACUUGUUCAGCGUGAUGAUGAUAAGCCAGAGACGGUUACCAAGAGGCUGCAGGCUUAUGAUGCACAAACAAAACCUGUUCUAGAAUAUUAUCGGGAAAAAGGGUUAUUGAAAUCCUUCUCUGGAACAGAAACCAAUAAGAUCUGGCCACAUAUUUAUGCCUUCCUCCAAACCAAGUUGCCAGAUGUGAGCCAGAAAGAUGCUGCUACUCCCAGGUGAAAAUAGGUCUAACUUCUGCUCAUCUGUCAUAGCUCACACUUGAUUACAUGAGAUUCAGCAAUCAAGGAUUUCUCUAAGUAGUCUACCAGACUGAUCAAUAAUUAAAGGCUAAUGUUGUCCUUUAACUUACAUUAUGAUAAAACUUGGUUGCCUGUGGUUCUCACUUUAAUGCUGUGUUUUUUAUAUUAAAUAUACCUAAUUUUUAUAAUAUAGUAACUGACUUU